CUGCUGGGAAAAUGAGGUCAAAAAUCGUCGUUGGUGAAAGAUGAAGAGUCAUUAAUUGAGAUUGUUGGCAGAAAGAAGGUGGUCGCCUUUUAUUAUUCGCAAUAACAAUGCCGUUUGACAAUGUAGCAGCUUUGUCGCAAUAAACUGAAUUUUCUACGACGACUUAGCGGGUAUUACAGCGAUAAUUUAUGUUUGGUUUUGCCUGAGCGGAAUGUGGUAAGCUAACGUUAGCUGGCUAGCAUCCUUCUUGUUAAUUCCUCGGGCGGUGGGUUCGGACCGCCUGAGGGAUGGUUUUGUUCCGGGAACAUGGAUGAGAAAUCCAGCAGCAACCACCGGUUCCUGAUCGUCCUGGUCAUGGUGUUAGUCUUUGGCAUCAUUAUGAUUCAGUAUGUGUGUCCGAGCAGGUCUGAGUGUAAGACUCUGCACAAACUGGGAUCCUGGUUUAAUGCAGGUAGAGGAACUGGAUCCCAGAUCGGAGCAGAUCAGAUCCAAGACGGCCGUCUAAAAGAUCCAUAUAUUGCUGAAGACGGCGCGCUGGUCCGCUUCGUACCUCGGUUCAACUUCACCAAAGCCGACUUAAACCGCGUUGUAGACUUUAACAUCAAAGGUGACGACGUCAUCGUUUUCCUGCACAUUCAGAAAACCGGCGGCACGACUUUCGGCCGACACCUGGUGCGGAACAUUCAGCUGGAAAGACCCUGUGAGUGUCACGCAGGUCAGAAGAAAUGUACCUGCUACAGACCUGGUAAAAAAGAAACUUGGCUCUUCUCCCGUUUCUCCACCGGCUGGAGCUGCGGCCUUCAUGCGGACUGGACCGAGCUGACCCGCUGCGUCCCGUCACGCAUGGACUCGAUUGAAGCUUCCAGCAACAUACCCAGCCGGAACUAUUAUUAUAUAACCAUCUUAAGAGACCCAGUGUCACGUUACCUGAGUGAGUGGCGUCACGUGCAACGCGGCGCCACAUGGAAGGCCUCCUUACAUGUGUGUGAUGGACGUGCACCAACUUUGUCUGAACUCCCAAGCUGCUAUUCUGGAGAUGACUGGUCAGGUUGCUCCCUGCAGGAGUUCAUGGAUUGCCCCUACAACCUCGCCAACAACCGGCAGACUCGUAUGCUCGCUGACCUCAGCCUGGUGGGAUGCUACAAUGUCUCUGCCAUGAGUGAGGAAGAUCGUUGGGCCGUCCUUCUGAAUAGCGCCAAACGUAACCUACGUGGCAUGGCUUUCUUUGGGUUGACGGAGUACCAGCGUAAAACUCAGUACCUGUUCGAGCGUACCUUCAAGUUGGAGUUCAUUGCGCCCUUCACACAGCUCAACGGCACACGCGCCUCCAGUGUUGACGUACCGUCAGAGACCCAACAGAGAAUCCGCCAUCUUAACCAGUGGGACGUGGAGCUGUAUGAGUAUGCCCGUGACCUUUUCCUGCAACGUUUCCAGGUGGCCAGGCAGCAGGAGCACAGGCAAGCCAGAGAGAGGCGACAGCAAGAGAGAAGGCGGCUCCGAGGGAAGCUAGCAGCAAGGCGAGUGAGGCUGCUGAAGCCAACAGAAGCAUCCCAUUUGGCCAGCAGCCACACUGUGUCAGAUGAGGUAGAAAGUGAUCGUGACACAGUGGAGUCAGAUAUGUUGCUCCCAGACUGGUGGGAUCUUGAUGAGAAUGGCACCAUGGAGGACUACAUGGACAAUGUGGAGCAGUGGUAACGAGGAAAGAGGAGAGCCGCUGUCUUAAUUCUGAGUGUGCCAACUGUCUUAAUUCUGAGUGUGCCAACUUCUGCCUUGCUGACUGCAAACCUCUCUGGUUUACUCUUGGUAUAUGCCUUCCAGUGAUGUCUUUCUCCCACCAUGAUCUGUUGUAAAUUACACAUUUAUUUAUUGAUAUUGAUUGUAUGGGCCACAGUUUCAUUUUUGAUUUGUUGCAUUUCCAGUUCGUUAUCAUCACACGCUUUUCAUUGAAUACUCAAGCCUUUGAGACUGUUAAUGGCUCUGACGGGACAUUUGUGUGAUGUGACUUUAAUAUAUUUGUUAAAAGCGAGUUGAUAAACAUUUUAAGUAUUUUAUUGAUUAUGAGUACCCUUUUUUAUUUGUUAAAAUUGUGUUUUGGAGGAAAUGCUGUAUUUUAUUUUAUAUUUAUUUUUUAUGUAGAUACAUCAACAUGUAUCAUAGAAGUUCAUGUAAAAAAUACCUGAAUGUGUCCAACCUCACUCUUUUUGAUACAGAAUUAUUUUGAAAUUACUGAAUUACAGGUUUAUACUCUCAA